UGAUGGCGUUGUAACUUCGACAGUAAUGUAGGAAAUCAUAAUUUGCAGUAAAUAGCUUCUGAAUAGUGUUUGAUUUAUCGUCAACGUCUACCUAAUAUUAGGAAGGAGUAAACUAAUAUUAUUAAUAACUAAUAUUUAUCAACAUCAAAAUGAGUGGAGAAACAAUAUACGAAGCCCCGAGGAAAUACAAUGCCCCGAAAAUGAGAGUUCACGAUUAUUUAUAUGAUUCAGCCUUCAUAGUCUCCGGGGCCAGAGACUACGCCAGAACAGCUUUUAAAGCCGCCAUGGCGUCUGCUCAAGUUGUCAUUCAACCGGUGUACAAAACAAUGUUUUCAGAACUCCGCCAAUGCCCAAGAAUGCAACUUGUUUACCAUCCCAAUUGUCGGCUACCACCGCACGUGGAUCGCUCGUACAACGCAUACUUGACCAAAGUGCGACAAAUGAGUGCCGUACCAACUCCCGAGCUGGGUGGGAAGGAUCGCUUCAAGUUCAGUGCAGUCCCAAAGAAACUCCUGCCACUUAAGAGCGCUAGCCCAGACUUCCAUCCGCCUUCACCGCUGAAGUCACCCGGACCCACAAGACCUAGGAACCGCGGGACUCAGAGCGUGUUUCGGGAAUCAUCAGCACAGACCAGACCUUGGCAACCAGACGCGCAACCCGCCGAAGGUUGUCAAGAUACUCCGGAGGUCAUAUACCUGGAUAAACUGGAGUGGGGUCCGGGCAUUCCGUACCGUACUGGUGAUUUGCCUGCCGAUUUCCACACUACGGAAAUCAUCAAUAAGAUGAGACAUGCUCGCAAGUGGAUGGAGCUGGUGGAAAAGGGGCAGUUCCCGCACUGGAUGAAGAAGCAAGAUGCCAUCAUCAGUGACAUCGAGACCAAGGACUGGAUCUUUAGGGAGGCGGAAAUCGACGAGCUCCAAGACAUUCGCUUAACUCUACUUCACAAGCUAAAAGCGGAGCAACAGAAGAAGAACACUUCAAGAGUUGGCGCCAAGCUGGCCAAGCUAUGGGCGUGCAAGAAGAGCGAUAUGGAGCGUAAGAUCGACCAUAUACGGAAGACCAGGGAUCGAGAGAUUCGCAAACUAUCAGUGGCACACGGCCGUGGGGGUCGAUUAGGCCUCGUAGAGUCCAUGCGAGCGGCGAGGGGUGCGGGGUCGGCCAUCGCUGCAGCGCAAGACCCCACGUCAGACGUGUUCGCGCCUCGAGCCAGGCACGGGUACCAGGCGAGAAGAAGGCAUGGAGAGAUACUCUAUGAUCCUUCUUUACUAGUUGUGGAAGACCACACCGCCCUGGCAGAACCACCAGCGUGGUUGGAGCAAUGCGGCCAGAACCUCAAGCGGACGUGCUCCGGUCACCACUUACCGCGAGAUGAAACGCAACUCUGCGAGCGCGAGACCAAGUGGAGUGAACAGUUCUUGGAGACCCUGCACAAGGAUUUGAAGAAAGCCAGAUUGGGAGCAGCGUCACACUCUGCUGGACCCCUGCGUGUCCUCAAACCUCGACGUCUCGCGGAGACCCCAAGACCCCAAACUCCUGAGGUGGAAGCUGUUCCAGAAGAAGAUGAAGUAUCUCACCAAGCUGCUCUGGUGCUGCAGAAGAUAUUGAGAGGACGCGCUGUGCAGAAUCUUAUGUUCGAAGGACGUACCAGGGCGGCAGAACUUAUGGAGGAGUUGAAGACCACGCACGGUCUUCAAAAGGAAGACAAGGCGCGCAUCGCCAAAGAGGAAGCUAAGGCCAGAGACUACCAAGCUGUGCGUUCUGAACAUGAGCAAAAGGAGGAAGCCAUUUCCGCACUAGUGGAAGAGCUGUGCGGCGGCGCGGUGUCUGCCGCUUUGGACUUCUUGGAGAAGGAGCUCAGAAGGUUGAAGGAGGAGAGGCGGCAGCACGCCUUCAUACUCAUUGCACUUCGCGAGAAGUCAAUGCGGGAAGCUGCGGAAGCAGGUCGCAGACAGAAGGAGGAGCAUCGUAGAAGAGAACAUGAUGAAAUGUUCAAACAGGUGUUAGGCGUAACUCAAGAAACAGUAGACGUAUACCUUCACGAAAUCAUCAAAGAAGGAGUGGACCUGGGCGCCGAAGCUGAUGCUGUCAAAAAGGCUUUGACAGAUGCCGACAAAAUUGAUCAGUCUCUUUUGGAACAUGGCUCAGUGUCAACAGCAGAACAGAACGAGUUGGUAGCGGAGUUAGUGCAUCAGUUCUUGCUGCCUGAAGCGCAUAAAGCCGCUGCAAGGCACAGGGUGUCAGCGCUUCAAGCGGCUAGAAUGGAAGCCGCUAGGAGUUCCAUAUUCGGCACUUUGGAUGCGGCUGAGUCGGGUCGAGAAGAAAAAUGCAACCGUUGUGGCGCGCCAUUGGACUAUCUGUGCAAGUGUGUAAACUGCGACGUGCCGAUGCGGCCGACGCCUACUGCAUCUAGAGAUGACCCGCGCUGGAAGGCUUCUAGACGACGUGAAGCUAAACCCAUGGGAGAGAAGUUACCACCGCGUCACGUAAUACGACGCAUGCUUGACGAAGUUGUGGACGACGCCGUGGCGGUAGCGCGGUACAUGCGAGAGGAAAAGAGGGCAAUCACUUACUACCUAGAGCACCGUAUGCGUGAAGAUACGGAGGUCACGCUUGACGCUAUGGAGAUGGUCGAAGAGGCGGUGGCGAUCGCGACGGGUCAAAUAUUGCCGCCUGUUAAGAAACCAGAAUAUCAUCAUUUUAUGAAACGCAUGCAUGAAGACGCCAUAGAAAUGAGUGGACCUUCCGAAUUGAAUGCUACUUGUCCCAAAGAGCUUCCAUCGGAUAUAAGGCGCAAGGCAGAGGAAGAGGCCCUGAAAGCCGACCCCACCUGCCACUGUGAUGACGAUGCAAAGACCAGCAAAGUCAAGUUUGGACCAGAAACGAUGACCAAAGAGGAAAUAUUAAAGUUGCUGCCGACUGAACUUCGCUUGCUGGAAGACAUGAAGCGUUGCAAGUGUGACACCACCACGGGAAGCCCCGUCACUGAUAGGAGUCCGUUCACCGAUGGGUACACAACCACAACUGAUACCGUCGGAGAAGAAUACGAUGAAGAAGAAGAGGAACUUGGACAGUGAAUUUUACAUAAUAAUAUUCGAAUUAUACUGAAAAUCCUUAGUAGAGGUUCUACUUUAUCGAGAAAAUCGACAAGCAAAUUCCAUGUUUCUAAAUUUUAGACAGGGCAGUUUUUUUUUUUAAAGA